AUGCCUGGCCGGACACUCCCUACAAUUCUUCGCUCCGAGGUCGAGACGCACAAUAAUAAAACGUCGUGUUAUGUGACCAUUGGCGAGCGUGUUUUCGAUGUCACCGACUUCGUGGAAGACCAUCCGGGUGGUAGUGGUUUGAUCCUCGAUUACGCCGGCAAGGAUGUCCAAGCCAUUAUGGAAGAUGCGGUCUCACAUUUCCAUUCCGAAGCUGCCUACGAAAUCCUCGAAGAGAGCCUCGUUGGGUUCGUCGCUGACGACCCUGCCCUGAAAACCGCAGUUAACUCUUCACAUCCUGAUCAAGUGGUACCAUUGUCUGCGACAGCAGAGGGCAAGGAACCAUUGAAAGUCCCAGGAAUACAGACGGACGAACUUUCUUCUCGAACCGUUUUUGCUUCAACGGGUAUGUCUUCCGCCGAGGAUCUUUCGAAAGAGACGGACUUGGACCAAGAUUGGAAGACGCACAAGUUCCUGGAUCUCAACAAGCCGCUGUUCCCGCAAAUGCUCUUCAGCAAAUUUUCGAAAGAAUUUUACCUCAAACAAGUCCAUCGACCGCGACAUUAUCGAGGAGGUGCUUCCGCACCGCUCUUUGGAAAUUUCCUUGAACCACUAAGCAAGACGGCGUGGUAUGUGGUGCCCACUCUCUGGCUUCCACCGGUCAUUUAUGGUUCGUUCCUGGGAAUCACCAACCUACCCUCUCCCUUUGAAGGCGUGGCAUAUUGGAGUCUCGGUCUCUUCCUCUGGACGCUGGUUGAAUAUCUGAUGCACCGCUUCCUGUUCCAUGUCGACAAACUUAUGCCCGAUCACCCGGUGGCGUUGACACUCCAUUUUAUUCUCCAUGGCAUCCACCACUAUCUCCCUAUGGACCGAUAUCGACUAGUCAUGCCACCGGCAUUAUUCCUCAUCCUCGCCACACCGUUUUACAAGCUCGCACACGCCGUGUUCUGGUAUAAUUGGUAUGCUGCCGUAACUGUCUUCUCCGGCGGGGUCUUCGGCUACAUCUGCUAUGACUGCACACACUAUUGGUUGCAUCAUCACCAAUUGCCCAGUUAUGUACAAGAGUUAAAGAAGUAUCAUUUAGCCCAUCACUAUCAGAAUUUUGAACUAGGAUUUGGUGUGACUUCUAAGUUCUGGGAUUAUAUCUGGGGCACGCAGCUCGAAUACACGAAACCCAUCAAAGCUUCUUGA